GGCAGGUAGUGGUUAGGGUUAGUCUCCUGGGAAAAUAUGUGAGUCAGUGAUGGAAACAUGAAAGUGUGUGUGUGUGUGUGUGUGUGUCCGGGGUGUGUAUGUGGGUUUGUGUGGAAGAGUAGGAGCUCAUUUCACACACAGCCACAUAUUAUCACAUCGUCUGACCAGAGGAAACAUCACCACCUUCCUCCCUAUCACUGCCAGCUUUCACUGAUAUCACUUUCUCAUCUCGUCAUUCUCUUCUUUGGCGGAUUUUCUCAUCUCUUCCCCUUCUCCUGUGGUCUCCUUGUCUUUUUUUACAUUAUCCAGCUUAGAUUUUAGUUCCUUGUCUCCAGUGAUGUCGUCCCUUCUGAGAGAGGAAAUGCAGAGACUUUUAUUCCGACCUGCAAAACAGAGACUCGUGGAAUUUAUUGAGAUUCAAGAGCCAUCACACGGAAGACAUUUCCUCUGCGUUGCAGUUUGCAAAAACAAAUUGGUGCAGUUAUGUAUAGUGCGAUGCCAGAUCUCUCACAAAUCCAUAAGGACUGGAUCCAAAAAGUACAGCACUAAACGCUCCAGCAUACAGGAGUGCUACCGGAGAACAGAGGUCUGGUCCCUGCAAGACCUGACUCUCGUUGAUGGACGGGACCCUGAUGUGGAUGACCCCUGUUUCUACAUGCACUUCGACAAGGUACGAACAGUGACAGCCAUCAGCUGCUCAGCCAAAUACGCUAUUGUGCGUGCCAUGGUUACUCUCAGCGACCGGUACUGUCAGAGGUCAUUGAACCUGCGGAACUUUGACUGGACCUACAUCAAGCCCACCUCCUUCUACUCCAACAGAGGAGACUGCAUUGUUCUGUCACAAAUAUGUUUCUAUGCAUUCAAUUUGGUGUGUCUGUCCAUGUGUUCCGUGCCCGAUGCAUUAAAAAAUUAAACAAUGCGUGUGUGUGUUAGUGAAUUAAGAUUUGUGUGUACAUGUACUGUGGCAGAUUUAAUAUGUAUAACUUGUGUUGAGGAGGAGGCGUAAAGUAAAUGUAUGCUUGUCUUGUCUAUUACACUACUAGGGCUUUGAUGAAGACUUAUUUGCCAUGAAGUCUCUUUUGCAUUAAUACUCUGCCUAAUGCAUUUUCAUGGCAAAUGGAAGUUUCAAGCAGCAUUGUAUUUAACUGUAUAACGUACAUUUUUGAUCUUUCAAUUACUUAUCUUUGAGUGCUACUGUGAAAAUGUGAAAUUCAAAUGGAGAACAAAUAAAGCAGUCUAUUUGAUUUUUUUCUAAGCCAUCUUAAA